AUGGUCCACAAACCCCUAAAUAACGGCCAUGCAACUUCAGACUACAAGCCUGAUGAUCUCGAAGCUGCCAUCAGUGCAUCGCGCCGAAAACCUCGAUUCAAAGACAUUGUAAAUGCCGCUGUCCAUGACGAUUUUCAUGGCGAGCUCAAGCGCAAGUUGAAAGAUGGCGUCGAUCGCGAUGAGCUGGAAAAGUACCGCAAGUCUAUUUCGGAACUGAAUGAGAUCAAGGACAAGAAAGUGCGGGCUUUCUAUGAACAGCAGAAUGAGAGAUUGAAUGACUGGCUCGAGGUCGAUACCUUAGUGAUGAGUAUGGCUGAUGACGUGCUGGACUCAAUGAACCCGCAGGAUGCUGAUGGAGAUGGGGUUGCGGAGAUCGGCGGGGCGUUGAAAACCACCAAAGGCGAUAUUGAUCCUUUGCUGCCGGAGGAUGAGAGAGAAAGGAGGAAGACUGGGGAGAGGAGGGCUAAGUGGGCUAUCAAUAUCAACGUAAUUGCGAACAUAAUCCUCCUCACUGCCAAAAUCAUCGCCGCCUUCGCGUCCUCCUCCCUCUCGCUCAUAGCUUCCCUCGUGGAUUCCGCUCUUGAUCUGCUGUGCACUUUGAUCAUCUGGACCACGAACAAGCUCGUCCAAUGGAAGAUUCGACGGCUGCGGCACAAAUUCCCCGUCGGUCGGCGUCGCCUAGAACCACUGGGUAUACUCGUGUUCUCCAUCAUCAUGAUUGUCUCUUUCCUUCAAAUAUUGCAAGAGUCGGUCACAAAACUGCUGCCCGGAGGGCCGAGGGAUGCAGCGACCCUACCUCCCGUGGCGAUCGGUGCCUUGGUUGCUACGGUGGUGAUAAAGGGCAUCAUCUGGUUCGGUUGCAUCCGCGUCAAAACCACCCAGGUUCAAGCAUUGGCGCAAGACUGCAAAACCGACGUUGUCUUCAACACCCUCUCCCUCCUCUUCCCCCUUCUCGGCCACCAAUUUUCCCUCUGGUGGCUCGACCCCGUCGGCGCCGCCCUCCUCUCCCUCUUCAUAAUCUACGACUGGGCCGAAACCUGUUUCGAAAACGUCGCCCGCCUCACCGGCUCCGCCGUUUCCCCCAACGUCCUCAAAAAGGUCACGUUCCUCGCCUGGCGUUUCGCCCCCGUCGUAGACGCCUACAAAACGAUUACGGCUUACCACGCGGGCGAUGGAGUGUGGGUUGAGAUGGACAUUAUGCUCAAAGAGGAGACGAGGUUGAGUAGGGCGCAUGAUAUAGCGGAGACGUUGCAGUAUUGUUUGGAGGGUUUAAGCGAGGUAGAUAGGGCGUUCGUUAGUGUUGAUUAUACAAGUCAGGGGCCUACAGGGCAUGCCGAGGGAUGA